CGCCGUGUACUGUCAUCGCCGCGUUGUUGUUAUCGUCGCCACGUUCACUGAUAAAGAUAUUGUGUUUACUUCACGAAAACCGAGGAUUGUAACACGGUCGCGCGCAAGUGAUGGAAAACAAAUAAUCGAUCGAAUGCUAGGCAUUCCAAGAAUCAUCUAAAAGUGUUGCAAUUUGCACGUGACGAAUAUAUCUUCAAGCGGGGUUUAUGAUGUUGUACGUGAAACGUGGGAUUUCUCGCUAGUUGGGACAGAAUGGGACUUGUGUUGACAUGGAAGUAUGAAUAUUACGAAAUAUGGAUUUCACGAAAGCUUAGAACAGGCAGCUUAGUAAGACCAGUGAUUCUAGAAUGAAGUGUACUGUGGCCUGUAUGCUUUCUGUGUCAAGUACUCAAUUCUGCGCUAUUCAAUUAUAGGUUUCAAAGAUAUCCCGAUCUAUAAUAAUACUUGAGAUAGGGAAUCAAGUCCAACGACGUCAAAAAUGUAUCAAACAUCCCCCUUGUCUGAUCAGCGCCUCGCUGAUACCUGAAUCACGUCGUCGUGGACAAAGUUUUUUGGCGCUGUUUCUGAAGAACCAACGUUACGCCAAUCGCGAUAAUGAGUUUUCUAGAGGGUAUGCCAUCCCACCCGCAUCAUAUCGUCAAUCUGGGCAUCAAGCUGUCACCCGGAAGUGCCGGGGCAACCGGUGGAUUAACAGAUCCCGGUGCGAACAUUCAGUCACCUCCAGGAGCCGAGGCACCGUCCCAGCAACACCACCAUUUCCAUCCUCAAGGUUACCCACCGCAUCAUCCUCACACAGCUCCCCACAUGGCUCCUCACAUGGGCCAUCACAUGGGUCACCAUCCUGGUUAUACCCGCGAAUUUAUCAUUCGACGGGAACACGAGAUAGCAACGGCAAGUCCUACCACCCCCGAAAGCGGUGGACUGGGCCUGUUUACGCCGCUGCAUCACGACGGUACGGCCGCGACGAUGCAGCAGUUUCCACAUCAUCCGAGUCAGCACCCACUGGCCGCCACACACUAUCCUGGGCACUAUCCUCAGGACACCAGGCCGCUACCUUCUCAUCAUCAAUACAUCGGCUCGCCGCACAUGACGCCGACCGCAAUCCACCACCAGCAACACCCAGCCAUGAAUCAUCCGAAUCAUCACAGCGCCUUUCUCAGAUUCAUGAGGCCUAACGGCGUCGGCGGCGGCCACGCAGGCACCAUCGUCAGCGGCAGCCGACGCGAGAUCACCUGCAUGUGGAUAGACCAAGACCCGGGGUUACCGGAAAGUGGAAGAAAACUCUGCGGCAAGAUUUUCACUACCCUUCCAGACAUCGUGUCGCACCUGACAGUGGACCACGUGGGCGGACCUGAGUGCACAACGCACGCGUGCUUCUGGCAGGGUUGCGCGCGUAACGGUAAGGCCUUCAAGGCCAAGUACAAACUCGUGAAUCACAUACGAGUGCACACCGGGGAGAAACCGUUCUCGUGUCCAUUUCAAAAUUGCGGCAAAGUCUUCGCCAGGUCGGAGAAUCUCAAAAUACACAAGAGAACGCACACUGGCGAGAAACCUUUUAGAUGCGAGUAUAACGGCUGCGAUAGGAGGUUUGCGAACAGCAGCGAUCGAAAGAAGCACAGCCAUGUUCAUACUUCGGACAAGCCUUACAAUUGUCGAGUCACGGGAUGUGACAAGUCCUACACCCAUCCUAGUUCGCUACGCAAACACAUGAAGGUACAUGGAAUGACGUUAACCGAGGGUAAAGUAGGAGGAGGAUACGAGAGCGAGGGAGAAGAGAGCAGCAGCAGCGGGGGUAGCCUGUCGGUGACUGGUAACACGGAAUCGCCCCAGCCACCUACGGUUGUCCCGACAAGGACACCAACCAAUCUUCCACCUACGAGUCGAAGCCAUGAUCCUUCGGCCCGCGGAACGACGGAGGUGGCGGAGUGGUACGUUUGUCAGCCACCGACAGUCGGGCCUCAACCAGGGCCCUUACCUGGUCCACCGCCGCCGCAUCAUCUUGGUCAUCAUUUCAAUCAGUUGAUACACCAUCAAGCAGCCGCUUAUUAGGAAAUAUCGAAAGGUCGAAGUUGUGACCAAGAGAAAGUCUUUCUAAAAUCUCCGUUCCUAUCCAAUCGCCUCAAUCCGAUGAUGUGAAAUAAGAUUCCUUGCUGAGGACGAGUUUCGUCAAAAGAAGUACCAAUGACAAUCAUCUCUCGAUUUAUCGAAGAUAAUUCUCUGAGGAAAUAUUCAAGAACAUACCUGCGACGACAUUUCGUAUACUUAUUAUACAAUGAACUAACGCGGGCUUUGUUGACACAUACAAAGAGACUCAUGGAUAUUUAGAAUAAAUCAGGAGUAACAUUCGCUGUAUGCAUCACUGCAUCUGACAUUUUAAAAGUAUCUCACAGUAAAUCUAAAUUUGAAAAUAGUUUAAACGGACAAAUAUUUUUUAGUCAUAUAAGAUAAUCCAUAUAAUUUGUCCGCUUAAAAUAUUUAUAAAUUAAUGAUGAUUAUUAAACAAAAAAACAUGUUUUACAUCAACGAUACUUUUUUGCGAAGAGGACAUCUUAUGAUUAGUAUAUUUCUGUU